CUCACUCUUCCUCCCUCCGUUUUCACUUUCCCCCUUUCUUUCCAUCCUUCUCACCCUUUCACUCUUUCUCGCUCUUUCUCCUCCUUGCUUUAAAGCUAGUCAACUUCACUCAGUUUAUAAAGGACUAAGGAUCGUCUGGACUAACAGGACCGACAAGACUCAAUCACUCUGUCUCACUGCGCAUGAAGGACACUAUCAGCAGGCAUAUUGCUCCUUCCUUUGCUCUCGAUAUUGACUCUGCUUCUAAAUAUCCUCAACCACCAUGGCCUCUACAAUUAACAAUGGUCCUAUCAUUACAGACGACUCCUCUUCCACUCUAAGACCACGCUCCUCUGCUCACGAACGAUCCAACUCGCUUCGCCGCAAAGCUAGUAUCGAUAGUCAGACUGGACAACCCUACCACUACGAUCACAGAAGACAUCACCAUCACGAUCCCACCAAAGGCCGAUCACCCUCCCCACCAGAGAGUCUUCAGCGGACCACUGCAACAGAUCAACCCCUAUACCGGUACAAUGCCGAUGGGAUUCUUGUUCCUGUUCAAAGGACCGUUGAGCAGAGCUGGUCUUCGUUUCUGAUACAGCAUCAGCUAGUACUUUCUUGCUCCAUAAUUGCCGCUGUCCUUGCCGCUCAUGCGCUCAUUAUCUCCAACGAAAUUCGCAAUGGCCACAAGGUCGACUGGAUUGCAAGCCUUACAGCCUUUAUUCCGCCCCCCCUUUGGCAACGCAUGCCUCUGUCCUGGACAAGAGCCACAUUAGGAGGUCCUGCCAUAGUCAAAAAGUGGGCAAUGAAGCCAGGGGCAUAUAACCCUAACGAAGCAUGGUCUUCGCUUGCUAUGGCACUACAGUACCAGGAAAUCAUUGUCGAUGGGCUCACUGGAGAAAAGCAGGUUCUCUAUGGAAAAGGAUGGAAUGAUCUGUAUAUGGUGGCUGUGUGGGUGAUGAUCUGGACAGCAUUGCGUGAGGCAGCCAUGACUUUUGUCUUUAUCCCACUCGGACGGCAUUUUGGAGUCGGGGACAGGAAUAAAAAGAAUGUCAGGAAAACAACGCAAACUGCCAAUACUGAGAAAAAGCUUGGGACAAAAGGAACCGUCACUGAAACCGUCCUGAAUAAUAAGGUUCAGAAUAUGCAACAAAUUUAUGCCCGUGAAGGCAAACUAUUGCGUUUUGCGGAACAAGGGUGGCUGGUUCUUUAUGACGGCUGCAUGUGGACGUUCGGCAUUUACCUGUUGUAUCACUCCCAAUACUUGACCGACACAACGUAUUACUGGCGUGACUAUCCCAAGACUCAUUUGGAUGCAACUAUGAAAUGGUAUUACCUGAUACAGUUCGCUUUCUGGCUCCAACAGCUUCUACUUGCUAUCCUCGGUAUUGAGAAGCGACGCAAAGAUUUCCUCGAGUAUAUGAUUCACCACAUUAUCACCUGUCUCUUGAUCGGGUUUUCAUACUCGUUCAAUCUCACCUCAGUUGGACAUGCAGUCCUUUGUUCGAUGGAUUUUUCAGACAUUGUACUUGCAGCCUGCAAGAUGCUCAAAUACAUGCAUAAGGAUCAAUUAGCAGACAUUGGCUUUGUAUUUUUUGUCUUUACCUGGGUCCUGACUCGCCAUUAUUGUUAUGGUGUCAUCAUCUGGUCUUGUUUUGUGGAGGCUCCCAAGUAUGCGACCAUGAUCUGGGAUCCCUCCAAGGGGAUGUACUUUACACCUCGAAUUCUUCAGGGAUUUCAAGUCUUGCUUUGCUCUCUUUAUACGGUCUUGAUGUUCUGGCUGGCUAUGAUCAUUCGUGUGGUUAUGAAGGUACUCAGGGGUGAGAAUAGUGAGGAUGUUCGAAGUGAAGUUGAAGAUGAAGAUGAGUAUGAGUUUGAUGAAAAAGUAACAUCGCCUGAGGAGCAAGCUCUUAUCCAGGAGGCAAGAGAGAAACAUUUCUUUGAUGUACCCGCUCCCCAGUCAAACAAUGCCAUUUCGACAUAAGCCUUUUUGAGGCAGACAUUCUGUUCAUGUCAGGAAAAAACCCCUUCUGUCUAUCAGAAUAUUACUUUACAAUCUUCUAUUUUCUCCCCCCUUUUUUUAUUUUAUUUCCCCAUUUGUAACAUUAUCGUCUCCACUUCCAUUAUUAUUACCUCAGUACUACAGAAGAAAAAUUGAGGCAAACUCAAUAAACGUUGGUUGGAUCAAAGACGUUGGAUCAUAUGACGCCUUUGGGUCGUACGAAAAUAA